AUGUCCGCGAAUGGAUCGGCGGCCGCCGAGCCGCGGCUUUGCCACGUGCGUAAGGUGCCGAACUUCGAUGGCUACGGGUUCAACUUGCACGCGGAGAAGGGCAAACCUGGCCAGUACAUCGGAAAGGUGGACGAGGGCUCGCCCGCAGAGGCGGCGGGCUUGCAGCGCGGCGACCGCAUCCUCGAAGUGAACGGGCAGAGCAUUGCGGGCGAGACGCAUAAGCAAGUGGUGGCGCGCAUCAAGCAGCGCCCGGACGAUGCGGAACUGUUGGUGGUCGCGCCGGCGCCUGGAGAAGCUCUACCUGCCGAGCUGGACGUAGCUCCGCCGUCGCCUUCACCGCCGAGAGCGCCCUCUGCCGACGCAGAGGCGCCGCGCCUCAACCUCACCAUGACGGCGGCUGAGAUGCGCGCGCAUCUUGCCGCCAAGAAGAAGGUCGACCCCAAGAAGGUGCCGAUGGACCUGAAGUCCAAGUUCGACAUCGUGAAGAAGUUGUGA